CUUCAGUCUCAUCUCGUCUUCGUGUUUGGAGGGAUGUCCUUUCCAGUCGAUGGGGCAUGCUCAGUGAAAGCCUGGUGUCAUUAAUUGAUGCGUUGCCAAUGGAAACCCCAGUGAAUCCUCGUUCGAUCGCAUACGCCGAAAGGGCAGGCAGACGUUGAACGGACCGUGCGGGUGUUCCUGCGGUUUCUGAUCGCGGGCGUGUCGUCGUACGCGAAUUCGAGUCGUCAUGGAGGAAGAAGAGGAAUGGGACGAGGACGAGAAGAUGAUGUUGAAAUUUCUACGUGAGCUGUACACGGCCUCGAACGUGCCCCGGAGGAACUGGAAGGGAAUCGGGAUCGCACUCGCCAUCAUCCUCUUGGUGUCGCUUCUGGUGGUGACGGCGGUGGUGAUCCUCAACAUGUACGAUGCGGGACCGCGGUUGCGGGGAGAGCGGAUGCUGCUGCCGAGGUUUUUGCAGGGACUCUUCCGGUCGAAACCGUGGAUCGCUCACUGGAUCUCAGGUGUCUCAAGCUUUGUCUUUCCUUUCGGGUCGAGAAAUGAACUGCUGUACGUGAAAGACGACUGCAAGCUCGUCGUAUACAACGUCGACAGCACCAUCGAGAGCGACAUCAUUCCUCAACAGCCAUUCAAGCAAGUGAUGUGGGGGGAAGACUUCCGGCUCUCGCCAAGUCGCCGCUUCGUCCUCAUUCGGGAGGUGCACGAGCACGCGAAGGGAAAGUCGAGACAGGAGAGGAGUCUCACCUCCUACACAAUUUACGACAUUCCGUCUGACCAUUUCUUCCAACUUCACCUGAGCUCGGAGGAGAAAGAAAUCCAGGAAGCCUCGUGGACGAACGCGGGGGACAGCCUUCUCCUCGUCCGCGGCGGGGAUCUCUUCGUGAAGGCGUCGCCGGAGGGGAACGCGUCCCGCAUCACUGCGUCCGGACGGGAGGGCGUCUUCAAUGCCUUGCCCGACCCUUUCUACCGGCAAAACAUCCUACGAGACGGUCGUGGGUAUUGGCCUUCGCCGGACGGGGCACAUUUGGUAUUCGCGUCUUUCAACAACACCGGCGUGGGAGAAAUGUUUUCGAUUGUUCACGGCGACAGUGUCUCCCGACAGUACCCCCACGUCGAACCCUUCAAGUACCCUCUCCCGGGUGGAGCGAUUCCUUCGGUGAAGCUGUGGAUUCUGGAUUUGGACAAGGAGUCUCUGUCGGAACGACGAAUCCGGCCGCUCGAGAUGCCCCGAUCAUUUCGAGACAAGGAAUGGUACCUGAUAGAUGUGAAUUGGAUCGACGCGAGGCGCGUGGCCGCGUGCUGGAAGGACAGGUCUCACCGAGUCCUCGCCUGGGUCUUCUGCGAUGGGGAACGUUCGUGGGCGUGCCAAGAG